UGGAAAAUCGUUGUGGCAUUGUUAUUCCUGCAUUCGCUAUUGCUUGUGGUGGUGGUGGUGGUGGUGGUGGUGGUGGUGGUGGCGGUAGCGCUAACGGUAGUGGCGCAACCACCGUGUUACCGCAAUAUCCAUUGAAUGGCUUUUACCGAUUGCCGCUGACACAGCUUAAGCAACCGGUUAAUCAUCUUACAAAGUCGAAAUUUGGAAAACUAUUCAAUUCGUUGGACUUAUCAACCCAUACUCCUGUAAUCAAGCACUAUUACUCGUAUCGGAUCCCGCAACACGCCACCUUGGUACCGUCACCGAUUCAUCACCAAUCUUCACUUCACGCUUUCAUUUUGCCCACUUCAUCCAUAUCUCCAUCAUUACGCUCAAGUCCAUCUCCACAUCCAUUUUGUAUUACUAACGGAUUGUUGUUUAAACCGCCGGAACAAUACCGCACAAAAAUGCCACGUCAUGGUUUUGACAGCAUACGGCGAAUGCCGAUUGUGGUGAUUCCACGAAAGAGGAAAUAUAAAAAUUACGUGUCUAGGAGGCGUAAUACGCAACUUAUCGCUAGUCUACGUCGUUGUUUCUCCGAUCCAGUGUUAUACCGAGGUUACAAUCAUUGGGAAGGUCUAUCAAGGCCAUUUUCUCCAGAAAAACCAUCAUCAUUUGUAUCUUCUACCUUUGCAGCACCUAUUGCUGCUAUACCUGAAGCGACUUCUUUUGAUGAUUUGACGAUGAAGGUUGAAGCUAGAGCCGGAAAGGAAUCCGCUUCACUAAUAUCGAAGAAAUCAAAAUUCAAGGAAGAAAGAGUAAUUUUUGGAGAAGUGAAAUCGGUAGUUCAGAAAGAUGAGGAAGAUGAGAAGGGGAGACGUAAAGGUAACCACCAAAAGUUAUCAAAUAUUUUUGAUUUCGAAAUGAAGAAAGCUGGAAUAGGUGCAAAUUAUUCGGAUAACGUUUUCCUAGAUGUGAAUGAUGAAGGCGAAAGCCUGGCGGAAGUUGCCUUACGUGCUCCUACUCCGCCAACAACAUUCAGGAUCCGACCUCGUAAUUUGGCUUCUCGUAGUGCUGUGUUAUCGAGAACAACUACUGUGGAAACACCGCUCAUUAAGCGACGUUUCUUAGGUUGUGCAAAAUACCAGGUAGGUAGUGGUAGCGUUCGGAAAGAUUAUCGAGAAUAUGUCAAUUUACCCUCAGGAAGCAAUAAUUUAAAUGAAAGAGAAGAGGAACGGACGGCCGAACAAAGAGCUCAGAAUACGGUUACAGCUGUUACAGCUGCUUUUUCAACCCUAACACUCGAACCACAACAAACUACACUCGAACCACAGCAAACUGAGUACGAACGAGAAGCUGUUGAUGAGCAGACAAACAAUAUAGGUGCUGUAACUGUUGUUGGAGGAAGAGAAGCAGUUAGAGUAGUUGAUGAAGUUACGAUAAGACGUGUUGAUGAAAUCGAAAAGCCAAUUGUACCAGUACCACAGCAAAUGCCAAAUAUAAAUUCAGCAAGUGAUAAUAAUACCAUCAGUAUUGGCGGUGACAGUGGACUGCGAAAAUCUCGAAAAGCAGUACCACAGUCUACCGUAAUCACCCUAAUACCACCACCAUCUACGCGAAAACUAAAACCAACCAAAAUUUCGCGCAAUUCCUUACUUGCAACCCUUCAGCUGCCGCCAUCUGUUAGUGCAAAAGUGGAUCGAAUUAUUGCAAAUGCUGAUCGGAAAGAAAAAGAACGGUGUACCAAUCAUGCUGCUGUUAACUCGGUACCGUUUUUCCUUGAUACAUAG